AUGUCUAAAUUUAUAAGCAAAUCGAAAUUUUGGUUUGCUUUAUUUUCAAUUUUUUUUAUAUAUAUCAAUAUCAUUAAUGGAUUGGAUGAGGUUUCUGAACAAGAAAAUCAAUAUCCCGGUGCGCCUGGAGUGAAUCCCCAAAAAGGAUUUAUGGUUCAUAUAGUUUGCCAUUCUCAUGAUGAUUCAGGUUGGUUAGACACAAUAGAUGGAUAUUAUAACACUAGAGUAGAUAAUAUCAUUUCUACUGUAACUGAAGCUAUGAUUGCCAAUCCAAAUAGAAAAUUUGUUUGGUCUGAAAUUGGUUUUCUUACAAAGUGGUGGGCAAGAAACCCUGCCUUUAGAGAUAAAUUCCAAAAAUUAGUUAAUGAAUCCCAAAUGGAGUUUGUUAAUGGUGGAUGGGUAAUGAGUGAUGAAGCAUGUACUUCUGCUGAAGCAUUCAUUGAUAAUCUUGAAGAAGGAAAUCGAUUUAUUAAAGAACAAUUUGGUGAAAGAUUUCUUCCAAUGAGUGGCUGGCAAAUUGAUCCAUUUGGACAUGCAUCAAAGACAGCUGCACUUGAAGCCAUGGACAAUUACAAGAAUAUCAUUCUGCAUCGUAUCACAACAGAUCUAAGAGAUGAACUUGGAAGAAAGAAAGAUUUGGAAUUCAUAUGGAGAGGAUCACAUGGCAAUAACUCUGAGAUAUUUACACAUGUUCUUGAUGAUCCGUAUUGGUUUCCAGACUUUAACUUAGAUGAACCAAUGGGUACCGUUGAUGAUAAUGUCCAAAGAUUGGUAUUUGAUUUAAAACAUACUAUUAUAAGGAGAAGAGAUCACUACAAAUCACCACACAUUCUUGUGCUUAUUGGAGGUGAUUUCAAGUACAAUAAUGCCCAAACCGCUUUUGAAAUUAUCGAUAAAACCAUAGAUAAUCUAAAUUUGAAUACCGUUGAAUUUAAUGUAAAGUACAGUACUAUGGGAAAUUAUUUUAGCGAUGUCAGAAAAUGGUUCCGUCAAACAGGUACACCAAUCAAACACCAAUAUUCCAACACUGACUUUAUGCCAUACAUUGAAAACAAUAUAGGAGAUAAUUGGGUUGGAUACUAUACAACUAAUCCAAUUUUUAAAAGAGAAAGUAGAAGACUUACAUCUCUCCAAAGAUUGGGAGAAUUGAUUAAUACCCAAACCGGUGCAAAUAUUGAAAGUCAAUUAAGGGACACCAUGAGAAAUUCUUCUUUUAUCCAACAUCAUGACGCAAUAACUGGUACUCACUUGGUACAUGUAGGAGUGGACUAUAUGAAUAGAAUGCAGUAUGCUAUUGCCAAACUUGGGGAAUCUAUUGCAACUUCAACCAAUCUUUUAGCAAUGAAAUCCAAUAAAAUGAAUUCGAUUACCCACUCAGAUACCGAUUCUUUACCAUUGGUUUUCUUCAAUCCUCUUGGUUGGAACAGAAAAGAAGUAAAGAUGAUUUCAAUGUUUACAACAUAUAAUCCUGGUUACUGUCCAUUUGCUGUUUUCGAAGAAGAUUCUCAAAUUCCAAUUGAAUGUACAAUUAGUUCGAUUGGUGUAGAAAAUUUUAACUGGACUAUAGCCUUUGUCAUUGAUAUCCAAGCAUUAUCAUACAAAGUCUUUAAAAUUCAAACGAUUGGAAACGAAAGUCCUUUCUCUAAAUUGCUAACUGAACAAAAGAUACCAGGUUUAAAAAUAUUAGAAAAUAACUAUAUCAAAGUUGAAUUAACUGAUAAAGGUUUUAUUAAUAGUAUAUCUGAAAAAAAUGGAGUUUCACAUAAUAUUCUUCAAAAGAUAAUGAGAUAUCGUACAUCAUAUAGAAAUGGAGCAUAUAUAUUUAGAGCAAAUGGACCUGCAGUAGAGGAAAAUCUUAAUUUUUCAUUGACAACUUUCAUUUUGGGUAACAUUUACAGUCAAGUAAGGAUCAAGUUUAAUCAAGAUGAAGUGGUCAUUAGAUUGUACAACACUGGUUCGAAAAUAUAUGAUGAAAACGUUGAUAUCAGCUAUACUCUUCCAGAUUGUGAUAAUACUGACAGAAUCGUUAGAUUCCAGACUGAUAUCAAUGGUAGUUUCUAUUCUGACGAUGGAUUCGAAUUAAGAGAGCGAGCUGUUUACAAUACAACCGGUCCAAUCGAUAGAGCAUACGUUCCAUCGGUUACAACUGCUUUAUUGAUGGAUCCAAAUAGUGGUGUUGGUUUUGUGUGUAAUAGUGAUAGAAGUAAAGGAGCAGCUGCCAUUUACGAAGGAAAUAUUGAAUUUGGAAUUACAAGAAGUUCAUAUUACGAUGAUUCAAAGGGUCUCAGCUAUCCAUCGAUGCCAAAGAAGACGACCACUGUCAAUCACAGAUGCAGAUUGGAUCGAGAUCCACUCAACUACAAAGGACAAAAUUAUAGAUUUAAUGAGCCAAUCUAUCAGGUCCAACAAAAUAUGGUUCCAAACAGCAAAGCCUACAGUAAAAUUGAAAAUCAACUACCAGAAAAUAUUCAUGUUCUAAACUUCAAGAGAUUUAAUGGUGAAUUCCUCAUUAGAUUAAUCAACAUUUAUCCAGCAGAGACACGUAUUGCCACAUCUGUGAAUCUUCCAACAAUAUUUAGAUCUUUAGAACCAGAUAAUUGUAGAGAAAUGUAUAUCGGUGGUAGUUCAGAAAUGAACUAUAGUGAUAUGAAUCUAUGUAAAACCACAUUCAAUUGUACAUAUGAGCCAAUAGUUACUUAUAUAAUCGGAGGAAUAAGAACUGCACGUGAUCCUCCAGGUGGUUCUGAUUUACUUCCACUUCCAAUCAAUGAAUGCUUCAUCAGAAUUCAACCUGGUGAGAUCAAAACCAUUAGAUUCUCAGCAUCAUAA